AAGCCAAAAAAGGAAAUGAAUAUAUCCAGAGAAGAAAACUCGAAACCCUUGUCUUUUCAUGGAUUUCAAGUAUAUUAUUAAUAUGCAAUUAUGCGUAUAUUAAUAUGCCACUAUGAGUAUUUUAUAUACAGUAUGUAUAUUAUUUUUUAAUGCGAAAGGAAUGAUAUUCAGCUAAAUUUUCGGUGUAUCAAUUGCUUUUUUAUUUUUUUUUGCUUUCCUCGUUCAAGAAAAAGUAUUGCAGAGAGUCACUCACUCUCAGUCCUCAGCACAUGAAUUAAUUUGAAGCUUCUCUAAAAUUCUUUUCACAUCAAUUAAUACGACACCGUCUCGGGUGAAGAAUCUCUCUUCUCUUGCCCUAAAGCGAGUUAGGGUUUAACACACAAAGCAGCAUACCCUUUUGAUUUGUGUCUCUUAGCUCUGUUUUUGUCGGCUUGUGUAACCGAUCAACUCAAGCCAUUGGCUCCUCACCCCCUGAAAUUUGACUUCUCCAAUGGAUCUCAAAGUUUCUCUCAUAUGAAUUCUAUCUUCACCCUCACAAUAUCUUUAUAUAUAUGAGCCACAAGAGCAAGAAGAGUCAGUAGAUGCGGCGGCCAUGGACGGUGGUUACGAUCAAACCGGAGGAGCUUCUAGAUACUUUCACAACCUCUUCAGGCCUGAGCUUCAACACCAGCUUCAACCUCAGCCUCAACUUCAGCCUUUGCCUCAGCCUCAGCAGCAGCAAUCAGAUGAUGAAUCUGACUCCAACAAGGAUCCGGGUUCCGACCCAGUUACCUCGGGUUCAACUCCUGGAAAACGUCCACGUGGACGUCCUCCGGGAUCUAAGAACAAGCCGAAGCCACCGGUGAUAGUUACAAGAGAUAGCCCCAACGUGCUUAGAUCUCAUGUUCUUGAAGUCUCAUCUGGAGCCGACAUAGUUGAGAGCGUUACCACUUACGCUCGCCGGAGAGGGAGGGGUGUCUCCAUACUCAGUGGUAACGGCACGGUGGCUAACGUCAGUCUCCGUCAGCCGGCAGCGGCUCAUGGGGCUAAUGGUGGAACCGGAGGUGUUGUGGCUUUACAUGGAAGGUUUGAGAUACUUUCCCUCACCGGUACGGUGUUACCUCCGCCUGCGCCGCCGGGAUCCGGUGGUCUUUCUAUCUUUCUUUCCGGCGUUCAAGGUCAGGUGAUCGGAGGAAACGUGGUGGCUCCGCUUGUGGCUUCGGGUCCAGUGAUACUAAUGGCUGCAUCGUUCUCUAAUGCAACGUUCGAAAGACUUCCGCUUGAAGAUGAAGGAGGAGAAGGGGCAGGAGGAGAAGUUGGAGAAGUUGGAGAAGGAGGAGGAGGAGGAGGUGGUCCACCGACGGCCACGUCAUCAUCACCACCUUCUGGAGCCGGUCAAGGACAGUUAAGAGGUAACAUGAGUGGUUAUGAUCAGUUUUCCGGUGAUCCUCAUUUGCUUGGUUGGGGAGCCGCUGCCGCACCAAGACCACCUUUUUAGAAUUGAAAAUUAUGUCCGUAACAUAGCUGUAACCAAAUUUCAUUUUUCAGAAUUAUAAGAAGAAAAUUUUUUAUCUUAUGAUAGCGACUUCUUAAUGAUUUGGGGUUCGUUUGGUUUUAAAUUUAGUUGAUCAUUUAUGAAUAUUUGAAUUCGUCUUCAAAUAUACUUCCCCAUCUGCAUAUUCUCUUCUUUUUUAAUCAAUAGGGUUUCGUGCUGUCCCUCUA